UAUUACUAAAAUUUUUCAUUUUAUUUUAGAAAAACAUUUUUUAAGUGCAUAGUUAAGUAGGCUUACUGCUGGACAGUAAGAAAUGAUCUGCAGUGCAUUUUUAGCGUUUUUUUGCGCACUAAUGUAUGGAAGUGAAACAAUUGAUUUUCGACACCAUAACAAUAUAGACAUGGAGGUUUAUUUGCAAUCAAUUCACAAAAAAUGUCCAGAAAUCACAAGGUUGUAUUCUAUAGGUCGAAGUACUGAAAAUAGGCAACUUUAUGUUAUGGAGAUUUCUGAAAAUCCUGGUGUAGAAAUGUCAUUAAAACCAAAUUUUAAAUAUAUUGGAAAUAUGCAUGGUAAUGAAGUUGUUGGGCGUGAACUUUUAUUAUAUUUGUUGGAUGAUAUAUGUGAUAAAUAUCUAUCAAGUGAUAAAAAGAUAACUCAAUUGCUUAAAACCACUCGCAUUCACAUUAUGCCUAGCAUGAAUCCUGAUGGUUAUGAAAAAGCUAGAGAAGGUGAUUGCAGUUCUAUUCUUGGAAGAGCUAAUGCAAACAACGUUGACUUGAAUCGAAAUUUUCCUGAUCAAUUUGUUGCAACUGCUAGUAAUCUGAAUCCAGAGAUAGAAACUCAAAAUGUAGAGGCUUGGCUCAAACAAUAUCCUUUUGUUCUUUCGGCAAAUUUACAUGGUGGAAGUCUUGUAGCAAAUUAUCCAUAUGAUGAUGACCAAAAUAUGAGAGAAGAAGAUAGUCCGAGUCCUGAUGAUGAUAUUUUUCGAUUUAUCUCUAAAACUUAUUCAUACAAACAUCCAGAAAUGUACAAAGGAAACUCUUGUGGAGAUAGGUUUCCAGAAGGAAUCACAAAUGGUGCUAAAUGGUAUAAUGUAGCUGGAGGAAUGCAAGAUUAUAACUAUUUACAUACAAAUGCUUUUGAAAUAACCAUCGAGCUUGAAUGCUGCAAAUUUCCGAUGAGUAACAGGCUUCAAAGUAUAUGGUUAGACCAUAAAGAAGCUCUUUAUGCUUUUAUUGAUCGUGUUCACAUGGGAAUUAAAGGAAAUAUUAGAUUCUCUAAUGGUACUGGAAUACCUAAUGCUGUUAUUGAUGUUGCUGGCCCUAAUAGCGAGCGUUAUCGCAAACACACAAUCUUAUCUUGUGCAAAUGGAGAUUAUUUUCGUCUGUUACUACCUGGAGAUUAUCGCAUUAAGGUGAAUGUUGGUGAUAAGUAUUUAGAAAAACUUGUUCAUGUUUCAGAUGGCCCAGCUACAAUUCUCAAUUUGCUCAUAGAUAAUAACAUUCCAACCAGUGUUCAUAAUGAACUUUCUGGAUAUGUUAAGAUGAAUGUCAGUGAUAUGUUAUUGGAGGAACCAAAUAUUCGUGUUUUAGAUGGCUCUGCUAUAAUUUCCAAUUUUGUAGGUGAUAAACGUGUUCCAUUAACUGUUCAUAGUGAACUAAUGCAGCGUGAAGCUAAUCCAAUGUAUGCUGAUAGCACUAAAACAAAAAGGAAGAGAGACAAUAACUUAAUGACAGCAGUUAUAGUUAUAAGUAUUGGAAGCAUAAUAUGCUUUCUUGCAAGUAUUGUUUUAUACAAACAAGUAAAAGCUAUGCACUCUAUUGAUACUGGGGGUUAUAAAAAGAUUGAAACAGAGAAGUUUGCUGAAGAGCCAUAAAGUUUACAAAAUUUUUUCUUUUAAUAAAUCUUAAACACCUAAUCAUUAUUUAUAAAAAAUGCAAAAAUGUUUCAAUUAUAAAAUUUUGUCUUAAAGGCUUUUUUUUGUUUCUGUUAAUUUUUAAUAAUGUAUAAAUGUUGAACUUUUAUAUUUUCAUUUUAUCAUUUGGUACAAGCAACUUUUAGUCUAAAUAAUUUUUUUGCUUAAGAAAUGGAAGUUCAUUUAUAUUUUUUUUCAUUGAAACUUUGUUUAUAAAUAAAUUGAAUAUUUAUAUUUUAGGUUUGUAUGUAAUUUGUAACAUUGUUAAGCAAAAUAGAAAAUUCUUAAA